AAAGACUCGUCAUGUCUGAGUGCAGAUGAAUACGACUGCGCAUGCGUGGCUCUUCACAACCUUACCGACCAGGAACCUAACAGAAGGAGAUGAGGGCGCUGUGUGUAUUUGCUGUGCUCGCCUCAUUGGCCCUGGUGGCUACCGGGGAGGAAGGAGCUCGACUGCUCGCCUCCAAGUCCCUGCUAAAUCGCUACGCCGUGGAGGGCCGAGACCUGACGCUGCAGUACAACAUCUACAACGUAGGCACCAGCGCCGCACUGGAAGUGGAGCUCUCUGACGACUCGUUUCCUCCUGAGGAUUUUGGCAUCGUCUCCGGGAUGCUUAAUGUGAAGUGGGACCGCAUCGCCCCCGCCAGUAAUGUGUCUCAUACAGUCGUUCUGCGUCCACUGAAAGCCGGCUACUUCAACUUUACCUCAGCCACCGUCAGUUACUUGGCCCAAGAAGGAGGUCAAGUUGUGGUUGGCUACACCAGCGCUCCUGGUCAGGGAGGCAUUCUGGCCCAGAGGGAGUUUGACAGACGCUUUUCUCCACAUUAUCUGGACUGGGCUGCUUUUGGUGUGAUGACUCUGCCCUCCAUUGGCAUCCCGCUGCUCCUCUGGUACUCCAGCAAGAGGAAAUACGACUCCCCCAAGACCAAGAAGAACUAAUAUGUGUAGGGUUAAAGCAUUACAAAAGGAAUCAAGGAAAGGGGUAGGAAUGUACGUUGAUAAAAAAAAUUUUCCAGAGGUUUUCAAUCAUUUUAUUACCCAUAUUGGGGGUAACAUGACCAUGGAUUCAAGUUCAGACAGUUCUUACGGGACGGCCAGAUUUCUUUCUUUUUCCACCCGUUCGGAAGAAUGACCGAGGUCCUCUUUCCUUCUUUAGAACUCAUCGAUCGCCAUCCCAGGCUAUGAGGCAACCUUUUUUUGUUGUUGUUUGUGAUCAAGCAUUUAAAGACAAAUUGAUUUAUUACUGCUGAGAUUUACAAUGGAAAUAACAAAUAAAAGUGGGUUUUUACAAAAUAAAAA